AUGCCAUUGCAAAGCAAGAGAACAGUCAAGGUCCAUGAGAUCACCGCUGGUACUACCAAGCAACAAUAUCUUGACUUUGUUAAGCAUCUUUGCAUCAAGCCGCAGACGACCUCUAAGUCUCACUUCUCUCGGGUUACUAAGCACUUUAAAAGAAAGUCCAAGUCACUAUUGGGUAAAACCUCAGCAUCAACACCUGAGGAAGACGAAGACGCAAAGCCGAAAGAUGAAACCGAAUUGACUUCACCACCUUCGACUUUAAAAGGUAAAGGGGAGCAAGCUGCACCACUGCUCAACAAUUCUCAGCCGACUGUAAAGCGUUGGAUAGAAACAACUCUCUGUCUCCAGAAUGGCCUGCCAGUUGGGACAAUCUCUUUCGAGAGUGAGUCCUUAAAGAAUGAAGCUCUAGCCCGACGUGGAAAGGAUAAGAAGUCGUGUUGGAAAGACUGGGUUGUCGAGGACAACUUCAAGGGAGUCACCAUUCUCUAUGAAGAGCCCAAUGCAAAGUUCGACAUCUGUGCGGUUCACGGGCUGGGCGGGAAUGCUAUUGAUACCUGGACUACCGAUCGUGGUAAAAUGUGGUUGAGAGACCUUCUGCCGGAGCACCCAAACUUCGAGAACAGUCGCAUCAUGACUUUUGGCUAUGACUCGGACCUUACGGACAGAAGUACCGUGAUGGAACUGGAGAACUGGGCCGACACUCUUCUACGGUCUCUGAACGAAGUGCGAACUGGGGACGAGGAGAAAGCACGUCCUCUGUUAUUCGUAUCUCAUUCUUUGGGAGGACUGGUUGUACGAAAGGCUAUGGCACAACUCCAUCCUACUUCCAACUACACAAAUAUCACAAUAUCGCAGUGCGGCAUUGUCUUUCUUGCGACACCGCACAGUGGUUCGACAAAGGCGGAUUGGAGCAACUUUUUGGUCGCGACCGCACAUACAAUCGGAGGCGUCAGACCAGAGACUGUCAGAAUACUUCAGGCCUUCAACACUGCUUCUGUUUGGGAUACUGCAGCAUUCUUCGAUCUUGAUCCAUGCCCACCCUUUCGAUGCUUUGCAGAAGGCCUCAAAAUGCGGGUUAAAGGCACCAAUCAACACAUUGUGACACAGGCAUCCGCGACCCUCGGAACACGCCAGGCGUACAUGAUCAUGGAUGUUGACCAUAGCUCGAUCUGCAAGUUUGAGUCAAAACUGGGACCUUUCACGACGAUCAGCAUGGAACUGUGGAAUUUGCUUAAUGACGUGACCACUGGUGGCGUCCAGCAGCCCCAUGCUCGACCAGAGCGCCGUAUGUUUGGCCAGCCACGCUUUCUUGCCCAUGCAUAUCCGCCCGAUCGAGGUUUCUGGUGGGAGGGCACAGAAAUGAACGGUAUUCAACAUCAGCUCACAUCGACCAAGCCUUUCUUUGGGCGAUCCACGGAGCUGGAUACUCUUCAAUCGUCGUUAGCUGGAGGUGGAACUCACCCAAGUCUCACUGUAGUAAAGGGUAUUGGAGGAAUAGGCAAAACCGAACUACUUCUUCAGUUCGCAGCUAGGCAGAGAGACCGCAGAAAUGUCUUCCUCUUAGGCCCCCAAGACGGAGAGACACUCGACAGUGUUCUCUCCAAGCUGUCAACAAGAAUUGGGUUCGACAUGAUUGAGAGUCCGGCCGAUAAUCAGGAACGAUGGAGAAGCACUCCCAUGACUGAGCGUAUUCAGAUCUUCAUCGAAUGGCUGGGACAUAGGUGCAACAGAGAUUCGCUCUUUAUCAUAGACGAUCUUGAAGCUUUUGGAUACUCUCAAAUCCCCAUCAUCUUGAAGUACCCAGCACAACACAUCUUGGUUUCCACCAGGGACUCCAACUUGAAACGUGCGGAUCGAGCCUUUCGAGAGCUCCGACUGUCUCCUCUGAGUCACGACGAUACAAUAAGAAUCUUGACAAGUACGCUUGCGGGUCUCUCUGCAGACUCGGCCUUUUGGGAUAGUCUUGAUUCUAUCGCUUGUACAGUGCAAGGCCAUCCUCUUGCAGCUCGAAAUGUCAUUCCUUUUAUGAUCGAAUAUCUGGCAACCUAUGACAACCCAGGUGCCAAAUUCUCAGACCUCUUCAAGAUCCAAGACCCAGAGGAGCGUAAAGUCUUUCUUCAGUUCAGCUUCGAAGGUCGGUCGCUCUGGGAGGUCUUUGAAAGUUCUCUACAGCGUCUUGAGCUUCAAGAGAACCACGAGAGCGCUGGCAACCUACUUCAAAUACUCCCUUUCUUGUCUUGCGACAAAGAUUGUGUAAACGACCUUUGGAAGAUGAACACUCGUUGGUUAUCUGACUACGAAGAAGAAUUCCCCGAUAUUGCAGUACUAAAGUCUGGCUUCACGGUCUGUCAGGGACUGGGUAUCUCACUGGAAAGCCUGAGACUCCCCAACGACAUGAUGAAGUGGGUCACGUUCUUCUUUGAUGAUCAAGAAACAGAGGAAGCAGAUCCAUUUGCUGACCCUGUCGAGCUUCCUUCUGCUGCAGUAAACAGGUUCAUCAUGAACUGUAUGCAGACCAAAGAGAAGCUGAAGGAGGGAAACGUCUCAAUGAUCGAUGGAGCGACGAUCUCAGGAAUGCUGAUAAACUGCAAGAAAGCCUAUAGAGAGCUGAAGAUCUUGGCGGAAGGUCACAGUGGAAUACCCGACCUACUCAAACCUGGACUCGUAGAUGCCGUUGAACUGCUUCAAGAUAUGGUCAGAUUGCGUAACAUGUAUCCGGAGUUCAUCGACGAGCUCCAGGAGUUCCGACGAAAAUUACAGGAUGGUUGA